CCCCGCACUUCGCCCAACAUCUAUGCAUACUUUCUGGAGAACUCAACGCGGACGAUCGCAUUUCCGUGCCUCCGACUGCCAAAAUCUGUGCACGGCCCAGAGGAUUCCGAUGACGCCCUGGACUACAAAGGUCAGCUCGAGCGGGAUGGACCGUCGACUCAUCGCCGGGUCGACGCGCCAUGGGCUGGAAGAACGUGAACGCCGUUAUUCCUGACCGACUCCUCCUUGGCAAUCUGUCCGCCGCCAGAUCCACACGCACCCUGGGGGAGAAUCGGAUAACUCAUAUCAUUUCUGUGUGUAACGAUGCCAUCCCGGCAGAAAGCCCCGCGUCGGGCAUCAGCCACUAUCGCAUACCCGUUGAGGACCGUGACUAUGACGAUCUCCUUAUAUGGCUACCGACUGCCUGUCAGUUCAUCGAUAAUGCGCUUCGGAGCGGUGGCGUUGUAUUAGUCCAUUGUGGUCAAGGUCUUUCUCGUAGCGCGACUGUCGUCGCUGCUUACUUAAUGUGGUCACGACGAAUAAGCGCGACUCAGGCGUUGGAAGAGACACGAAAGGCUCGCGACCAAAUAUGGCCGAACCCUGGUUUUCAAGAGCAGCUGGUCCUGUUUGAGCUCUGCCAAUACGCGCCAUCGCGUUCUAAUGGCAUAUACAGUUCUUGGAGAACGAAGCUGGACCGUCGUCUCCGCGCGGCCGGGCUUCCGCAUUGAAAAUACCCUUGGUAGAUUAUAGAUCCUUGGCGCCGUUUAAUGGUUUUCCUGCAUGCACUAUUUAUUCUCUCCACAAGCUAUCCCCAACUCCCAGGUCCCACCGUGUAAAUACUAUAGUUGUGUACAGCUGUCGGUGCUGUCGCUUGUAUCACCUAUGUAACAGUAACCGAAUCGUACAUAGCGGCUAAUGGA